CCGCAGUGUGGACCGCCCCAAGGGGCGGAAAAGGGUGGUCAGUGGGUCAGCCCGAGCCGCGUGACCUGGGGGCGUGGACCCCGAACGCACCAGGAAACCGCUACCCGAGAUCUGAUUUUCUCUCACCUCGAUCUGUGCUCUCCUUUGGGUUUUCAAAACCCGCGCAUCCAGGGAGAGGGAAUUGGAGAUAGGAGCUUCGGCCCCGAGGUUGGGCCGACGCCCUAUGCGGCGACGAACGGCGUGGACCUGAGAGCGUUAGGUGGCCCCCAGCCGCCUGCGGACCCUUCCGUCUCGUCAUGGCGAGAUUAUGGGUCGGCCUGGCAGGCGCUGGCUUCUUUCUUGCAUUACUGGUUUUGCAUUCGCGUUUUUGUGGCUCGCCGGUGAGUUGAGCAGUGAAGACGUGUCUGUCGGGUGUGUGGACGGCACCGUUGAGAGGCGACGCCGCUGUUGUGGGGUGGAGGUGGCGGGCCCUGGCUCCCGCACUGGCUUGUCUCAAAACCCCCACCCGGGCCGAACUGCCGACGUCCUGCUUUGUCUCUUCGGGUUUAAAAGUUUGUAUAUGAUGCAUCGCCGUUUCUCUGUGUUCUUUCUUUCCCCAGACCCCACUACGUCUCCAAAUAAUUUGCAGGUUUUAAGGAAAUUUGCUUUUCAAGUUUCCUGGACAACCAAGGAAAUUCUUUACCGGCUGGAUGUGGGAUGGCCUAAUCGUCCAGAAUACUUUACUGGAACAACAUUUUGUGUUGCAAUUGACUCCCUCAGCGGAUUGGUUUACGUAGCCCAGAGAGGGGAUAACAUCCCAAAGGUAUUAGUGUUCACAGAGGAUGGAUAUUUCCUACGAUCCUGGAAUUACACAGUUGACACACCUCAUGGUAUAUUUGCAGCCAGUACACUACAUGAACAGUCUGUCUGGAUCACGGAUGUAGGAAGUGGAUCCUAUGGUCAUACUAUUAAAAAAUACAAUUCCUUUGGUGAUCUUGUUCAAGUGUUGGGUACCCCAGGCAAGAAAGGCACUGGUUUGACUCCCCUACAGUUUGAUAACCCCGCAGAAUUGUAUGUAGACGACACAGGAGAUAUUUACAUCGUGGAUGGAGACGGAGGAUUGAAUAACAGAUUGAUCAAAUUGUCCCAAGAUUUUAUGAUACUUUGGCUGCAUGGAGAACGGGGGACAGGGCCUGCCAAGUUCAACAUACCUCACAGCGUUACAGUUGAUUCGGCUGGUCGGGUAUGGGUUGCUGACCGAGGAAAUAAAAGAAUUCAAGUAUUUGAUAAAGACAGUGGGGAGUGGUUAGGAGCAUGGAAUAAUUGUUUCACAGAAGAGGGACCUUCUUCAGUCAGAUUUACUCCUGACGGGAAGUACGUGAUCGUAGCCCAGCUGAAUCUCAGCAGGGUCUUACUGGUGGCCGCACCCCCAGUGGGAAGCAUUGGCAACUGUUCCGUGAUCAACACAGUCCAACUAGCAGACCAGGUUUUACCUCAUCUCUUAGAUGUCAGCGGGAAGACUGGAGCAAUCUAUGUAGCAGAAAUCGGAGCAAAGCAAGUGCAAAAAUAUGUCCCAGUGGAGGGCUAUUUUCCUUCGUUCACACAUUCAUAAUGUUUCUUUUCCCGGAGAUGUUUCAAGUGGAAGUUCAGAUUCUCAAAUUCAUUGUCAUGUCCUUACAAAUAACGUUCAGGCACCAGUAUUUGUUUCUUUAUUUUCCCAUGAUCUAGUGAUGAGAAGAAUUUGUUCUUAUAUCCUUCAGAACCAUAUGUUUUGUUGCUGUUCUCAUGACUUAGUUUUACUUGUAAGUGCAUAAGGCUAUUUUAACGAAGGAAAUGUAAUUCUAAAAAAUGGGAUCUGAAAGAGGGACUAAGACCAUAAGGUAGGUAUUUGCCCAGGUAGACUAAUCCUCCCUGGGAGGAAGAGGGAAAGGAAUAAAAACGGGUUUUGCAGGAUAUAUUGAACUUCAUGUGAGGGACUACAAACCUCCAGUUUGUUCACCUUAUAUAAAAUGUACCUUUUGAGCGAUUAAGUCAGAUGGGCUCUUGAUCAAUGAGUACCCACAGGAUGCUAGCUCCUAAAGAUUCAGAGAGGAAGAAUCAGGACUUACCUGUGGGAGCCUGUUCAGUAGCAUCUAGUCCAGUGGGAGACAAGUGUGCAAACUGAUACAAGCGUGUCAGCAGGCCUCAAGCGUGUCUUGUAGGAACAUUACAUCUGACUGAGAGAAUCCUGGAGAUUUUGCGGGGAAAGUGCAUUCGAGCUCCCAACUUGAGAAACCAAAGAGGGGAAAACAAGGUGGUCCAAAUGGACAAGCUGUAAAAAGUUACAGACUUGCUGAGAACCCUGAUAGGCUUUCUUUUAAAAGCCCAGCUUGGCCUGGGUCCUUCAGCUGUAAGAUACUUCGUCUCAACCUCUAAAUGUAGGAAUGAAACAGCAGGCAUUUAAGCACUUUACUGAAAGGGAUCUUUACAAGUACUAACUGGGAUGUUUUUUAAUUAAAGGUACGACUGAAAAUAGGGCCCUUCAUUCCUUUUUUCCUCCUUCCCUCCCUCCCGACCUCCCUCCCUUCCUUAUCUUCUUUUUUUAAAACAUGAACUCAGUUCAUUCCUAACAUCUGUCUACCUCAAAGAAGUUUUAGAAUUGUAAAUAUGGGGAUCUGUUAAGGUGAAUAAUUUCUUAGCUUUCUAUGUCUCUCUACCCUUUGGUCUGAAUACCAGAUAUGAAAGACCAUCUUUUCGGUUCUAGUUUAUUCUAGGUUCUGUUCAGACCUCGCCGUAUGAUGAUGUCAACUCAUUCGUCCCCUUCUUCUUGUAUUCACCUCCCUCCUUAUCCCGGACUUGCACUGUAAAUCGUGUAGCAUGUGAGAAAUCUUGAGCUGACUUUCCUCAUCACCCAUUGUAGCUGCCGUCUGUUUUCCAGACCUCAAGCAAUUCACACUAUUUUGAUGCUCGGAUCAUAUCUUGACACAGUUAGAAAGUUAAAUCUACCAACAGGAAACUGUCCUGUGUUCCAAGGCCUUUGAUAAGUGUGUUUGUGCCACUGAUCAAGCUGUGUGAUCUUCAGUGAGUCUUCUUAGUUUUUCUCCUUAGUAAAAUGGGACCAUCAUUUCCUUCCUCCUUCAGAAAUGCUGCAAGGAUCAUAUGUACGACAGAUACAGAUGUGCCCUUUGAAAUCUAAGCUCCCAGGGCAUUCGAGGCAGAAAUUCUUAAACAGAGAUCCUUCCAGCUGCUUAAUUUACCUGAUAGCAACUAUCCAGUUUGCCUUAAUUUUGCGUUGAGUGCUGUUUUCAAAACCUAUCGUCGUGAACUUUAUGCAGCUUAGCAAAUAUAGUAAAUUUAUCUGGAUAGAAGGAAGUGAUUUGAGAGUUUUGUUUUGUUUUGUUUUGUUUUUAAGCCAGGACAGGAAGUGCAAAUACCUCUUAGAAGGAAUACAGGUUAGGUAAACUGAUCUUGUCAUUUUAAAAAUGUUAUAGUUAACUUUGUUUUAUGCCAGUUUCUUAUAAAACUUGUUGAAAGUAUUGUUGCCAUAUAUCUUGCUAAAAGUGUUUAUUAGCAUACUUGUAAUCAUAGUAUUUCACUUUUUUCCUUUGGGUUAAUUGGUUAAAUGAUUGAGAAAAUGUGUUGUAUUUUGACUAAAAAAUACGAAUUAAACUUUUGGAAAGAAAAGGCAGUAUUAUCUGGCUCUCUAAUUAAUGUUUGAUUUUAUUGUUAUAAAAGCAGUUUUAGAACUUCUUAUUCUGUUAGAGAAUUUCAGCAAUCCUGAUAGCACAAGUUGGCACUGAGAGAAUAUCCUUCAUUCACGUGUAAAGUAUAGGCUAGAUCUCCCGGAGGGGGAGAUUACUUUUCUAAAUUAGGAAACCAAAGACUGUAUCUUCCCUAACCCCUAUUAGAACAUCGGGUCUCUAUGAUGGAAUUAUUUGUCUGCAGAGGCAGCCUGUGUGAAAUCAAGAGGGUAAACUAAGAAGACCCAUAUAAUUUGUGCUUCGGUCACUUACCAGGUCAAAAGACCGCUUCAAGCAUUGCGGUCGUCAGGCUAAAUAAAGGCAGUCAAGUCCCAACUUUUAUUCUGCAUUUGUUGAUUUUGAACACUGGAUUUUAAAACAGGGUACAUUGGAUAGCCCGCACUGCAACUGGAAACUGCCAGAUUUUUGCUCCUUUGACACCAAAAUAAGUCUGUUGGAAUCAAGAAGAAAAAAAAAAGUAUCCUAAAUGUAUGACUUUCUUUUACUCUAAAAUUUCAGCGAUAAUCACAUAAAAAAAACCUUUAAAAAAAGAGAUUCAUUUAUUCAACAAAAACGUGAAAGCGCAGAUUUGCAAAGGCUCUCAGGCAGGUGUCCUCUGCCCUUGCCAUCUACUGGAGAGAAGUUUCCUUUCAGUUCACCCUGGGAGGUGCCUUCCUUGCACUGGUGGUGUCUUAACGUUCUUGGUACAAGAGAGGGCGGUAGAGUCCUGCUUACAAGCAUUUCUUGAAACCGGAAGUGGAUUUUCAUCUUUAUACUUUGACUUUUUUAACAAUUGAGGUAAACCAUACUUUUUUUUCUUUAGCUUGUGUAUCUUGAGGAAAUGAGCUUGUAGGUGACAUCCUUUCCAAGGAUUAUUGGGAUAUUUACUGUUGAGACAUUUCCAUGUUUUAAAAAAACCAAAACACUUUUUUUUAAAUUUUUAAUGUUUAUAUUUGAAAGAGAGAGAGUGGGGGAGGGACAUAGAGAGGGGGAGACACAGAUUCCGAAGCUGACUCCAGGCCCUGAGCUGUCAGCACAGAGCCCGAUGCGGGGCUCGAACUCACGAACCGUGAGGUCAUGACCUGAGCUGAAGUCGGACGCUCAACCGACCGAGCCACCCAGGCGCCCCAAAACACUUUCAGUAAAAGCCAAACUAACAGCCAGAAGGGAAUAACUUAUUUUAAACUGUAACCUGAAGAGGAGUUUAGUGUAAUAGAAAAUACAUUCAUAUUAACAGAAAAUUAUUCCUUUUCUCCUUACUAGAUUUUUUUGUUUUAAACAAUUUUGCUUCAUAGUUGCUGACUCUUUUACAAAUAUUAUUUACAAAGAGGCCCAGUAAUUUCUCCACCAGACACUUACCCAUAGAAUCCAUGAGUUUAUAGAGUAAGUUAGUCCUGUGAAUAUGUAGUGACAUAUAGAUACUCCCUUUGUAUGUAAGAACUGAGUGGAAUUUAAGCAGUGAAAAAUAGCGCUUUUUGAAACUUUUGUUUCUUCCGUGGUAAACAAUGAAAGGAUAUUGUUAUGAUUUAAUUCUGCCUUUAUGUCAAAGUGGCCCAUCUUGGGGGAUCCUGUUUUCAGCGCCUAUAAUAGUCUGACCCUGGUAAACAGAUUUGUGGUGUGGAGUUUCCCUUCGGAUGCUACAUGUAAGAAUCCCACAAAUAGACUCUAAUCCAAAAGCAGUUGACCAAAAUAAUAACAUGGUGUCUGGAAAUAAUUCUGAGACCUUCAAAGGGUGAUCAUAGAGCAUAGGAUUACUGAGCUAUCCUUCAGAAUGAAGAUAAUAAAUGGAAAUAAGUGUGGCCCAUUGGUCCAGCUUAGUGAAAGAACAUUCUAGCAAAGAGCUGUUCACCAGUGGAACAGACUGUGUUCAUAUGGGAAGUGGUAAAGUUCAGUGAUUCAGAACCCGAAAUCUGGAGUUAGGUUGACCUGGGUUCUGAUCCAAGCUCUGCCACUUACUUGCUGCGUUGUUCUGACACUGCCUCAUUCUUCUCCUUUGUGAAAUGGAAAUAUUUGUAUUUUCCUCAUAGGGUCAUUGUGAAUAGAAAUGAGAUUGUGCGGGUAGAACAUUAAACCUAGUCCCUGACACACAGUAAGCACUCCCCACACCUUAAGAGACUCGUUUGAGGUAUGUUAGCCAGAGACCGGCAGUCGUGCCAUCUUUGGGCAGAAAUUCUUACCCUGGGAAGAUGAGAAGACCAGAUGACCUUCCCUAUGGUGUGAUUCUGUGUUUAGUCACACUAUUGAAGACUAAAGAUACCAUUGUAAUACACUCAUCUAUCAUUUAGGAAUGGCCACUUUUUAGUCAUCUAGGAAUAUGGUGGUGAGCAAGGUAGACUCCUUUUCUGGAAUACACAUUCUACAUUGGGAAACAGAACAGUUUGAGUGAAAAAGUGAGAUUCUGAUGAGACUUUGUGGUAAAUACUAACACUUGGUUGGCUAAACACCCAUUCUCAAUUGUCUUCCUUCUACCACUUUGGAGACUGGAAGAGCUAGGUGCUUGCUUUCUCAGCCUAACCAGCAUCUAGGGGUAGUCAUGAUGUUCUGGCCAGUGCAACAUAAAUGGAAGUCUACUGGGGGAUUUCUGGAGAAUCAUUUGCUUUUGGAUUUAAGAGAAUAAAAAGGUAUGCUUAGCACCACCGCCUUCUCCCUCCUUCCCUGACGAACUUGAAUGUAAUGCCUUGAGUUGCAGCAGCCAUCUUGGAACUAUAAAGCAACAAAUGACAUUCUUAAGGAAGGCAGAAAGAAGGUUGGGUUUUUAUGAUUGGGGAACCACUGUAUUGGCCUGGUAAUUCCUUACUCUAGAUUUUUAUGUGAGAUAAUUAAAUGUUUUAGUUAACUUAAGCCAGUGUUUUGGUUGGGUGUUUUCUUGCAGAUAAAAAGCAUUCCUAAGAAAUUCAGUAUUAAAUUAACCUACGUUCAUUUGGAUUGAUAUUUUUUUUAUGGUUUUAAGAUUCUAUAUCCAGGAAAAUAGUCUGCUCUUAUGUCUUAUUUUAUGUCCUUUAAUAAGAUGUUUUUGGUGGUUUUUUUUUUUAAUUUAGAUUCUGUGUAUUUCUUUUGAGACAAAUUUAGGUUCCUGUGUCAAAUUUAUCCUGCACAUUUAUUAAUUAUAGCUACUAGAGUAGGAUUUUUUCCCCAUUGCUGAUUAGUUUGGGGUGGUAUAGAGAAAGGCUAUCAAUUCUUUCUUAUGUAUGUCAUAUCUGUUCACCUUAAUAAACCCUUAUUAAUUUUAAUUAGCUAUUAUAGAUAUUCAGACUUUGUAGGUAUACCACUCUGAAAAUAAAGAUAACUAUAUGCCUUUCAAGAUUUUUAUUGCUUGUUUGAUUUUUUAAAAUUUUAUUGCAUUAGCUACAUUGUUCAAAACAAUGUUAAAUGAUAGUAGUGAUAUGAUGUAUCUUUGUCUUAUUUCUGAUUUGAAUGGAAAUAUUGGUACUUUACCAAAUAUGAUAUUUGCUAUUGAAUGUUGGUAAUUUUCAUACUUAGUUUUUUAAUCUCAGAAUUUUAUUAAGAAUCAUUGCUUAAUUUUGGGGUGCCUGGGUGGCUCUGUUGGUUAAGCGUCCGACUUCGGCUCAGGUCAUGAUCUCACAGCUCAUGGGUUCGAACCCCACAUCGGGCUCUGUGCUGACAGCUCAGAGCCUGGAGCCUGCUUCAGAUUCUGUGUCUCCCACUCUCUCUGCCCCUUCCCCCCCUCAAAAAUAAACAUUAAAAAAAUUUUUUUUAAAUAGUAAAGAAUUAUUGCUUAAUUUUAUAAUGGCUUUUGACAUUGAUGUGUACAAUAUAUUGACUAAUGAAAGGUACAGAUAUUUUCUUAUGGUUAUUGUUAGAAAAACUUCAGUUGGUAAUUGAUUUCUUGCUUGAAACUUCUAUUCUUCAAAGAAAGAGGGCAGUAGAGUGCCAUCAUAUAGAAUUUAUCAAUUAUGGUCCACCCAUCUCCAAAAAGAAUUUGAGCCUCUUUACGAUAACAUUUUUAAAAUAUGUUAAAAUAGAGUAAUGUCAAAAAUUGCAUAGAAGGGAGGAAAACACAUUUAUUCAAAACCUGGAUUCAUAGUUAUGGCAAUUAAGCAUUAAGUUAAUUCUGAGUUUUCUUGUAGCCAAAGAAGGAAAUGUGGAUAUAUAAUUUUCAUCUAAUAAAAGGAAAUAUAUCCAUUCUUUAAGGAAGCAAGAACUUUUUUCCCCACUUUUCCAUUGCGUGGACCUUUAAAGGUGAAAUGAAACAAUAUUUAUAAAAUAUAUUUUUUAUAAUUUAUAUAAGUUCUAUAAACUAU